AUGGGUAGAAAACAAAAAAUACAUGAUCAACAAGUAAUAAAUAAAGCCAUAGCAGAAAUUGACAAAGGGAAGUCUGUCUAUUCCAUUUCAAAAAAGUACGAAAUCCCAGAAACCACUCUAAGAAAUCAUGCCAGAGGGAAAUACCGUGGCCAUAAAACAUCUUUUGGACCAAAACAUCUGUUGAAUGCGUCAGAGGAGACAACUCUAGUAUCUUAUGUUCUGUACAUGGCCGAUAGAGGGUUUCCUCUUACUAGAAAGGUUAUCAAAAAUCUUGCCAAAGAAGUAGUCCAGAUAUCGCAACCAGGCUAUACAGGACCUUCCAAAAAAUGGAUGAAGUCUUUCUUAAAGAGAAAUAAAAACCUUACUGUCAGGAAAUCACAUGCUCUUGAUAAAGGCCGUGCAUCAAUUACACAGACGCAAAUUGACCAGUACUUUCAAGUUUUGAAACAGACACUUGAGAGGCUUGACAUUGCUAAUAAACCGUCACAUAUUUACAAUUGUGAUGAGACUGGUUUCAGUGGCAACCUAACUUCUGAUAAAUCUGUUGUUGUUAAAAAGGGUGUCCGUCAAGCAUUCAGAGCUCACAUUAGUCUUAAUGGCCACAUCACUGUUAAUUUUGCAAUUAAUGCAGCAGGGCAGACUGUACCACCAUUUAUCAUAUUUUCAAAAAACUUGCCCAGAGAUAUUUUCAAAGACGGCUUGCCAGACAAUUGGGAGUAUGAAUGCACUGAAUCAGGUUUCAUCAAUGGCAAUUUGUUCAGUAAAUGGUUUAGUAAUGUUUUUCUUCCAGCUUUAGGCAACAGAAGACCAUGCGUUCUGAUCAUGGACAAUCAUACUUCUCAUAUGUCCGCAUCAGUUAUCAAAGAUGCAAUGGAAAACAGUGUUGACUUACUGUAUUUUCCUUCACAUUCAUCACAUCUGCUCCAGCCCCUUGACGUGGGAUACUUUCACGUCUUAAAAAGCAAGCUUUUUGAAUUGGCCUCUGGAUUGGGUUACGUAGAAUCACGUGCUUUGCCGAGACAUAUUUUCUCGAAAUUGUUGCACCAUGCUAUGAUGAAAAUUUCCCCUGCUGUUGUUGCUGCAGCCUUUAGUGCUACUGGCAUAUAUCCAUUUCACAGCUCAGUUGUAAAGCCCCUUUCAGCACCCCUUUCAAGCCACAAGGAAGACUCUAGUACUGAUACUUGUCCUCCCUCUUCUCCUUCUCCAAGUGAUAACAGGGCAUCGGUCUCAAAGCAGGUAAACAUGUUAGUUAGGGUUGGUAUGGUUCCUGAAUCUUUAGCAGAGAUUUUCGUUGAACCGCCUCCCAUAAAACAAUCAAAGAGAAAAACGUACCAUGAAGCACGUGUGAUCGAGUCUGUUCCGCCCUUGAAAAAGCAGUGCAUUUCAGAAUUCGCAGGUAAAAAAAGCUCUAGCUCUAAACCUAGUCACGUUAUAGAUUCCAUGCGUGAAUCUAGUGAAGAACACUUCACAGAUGCUAUAUGUGAAGUGUGCUUGACAUCAAGGCCAUUAUUCUGGGUUGGGUGUGAUGAAUGUGACGCCUGGCUGCACUACGAAUGCCUGCCUAACAACGAAAAGAUCGAUGUUGAUCUUAGCAUUUUGACUAAGUCAAAAUGGCUUUGUUUGCGAUGCAGGGAAGAGUAG